AUGUCUUUAGUUGUCCAAGAACAAGGUUCCUUCCAACACAUUUUACGUUUGUUGAACACUAACGUUGACGGUAACAUUAAGAUCGUUUACGCUUUGACCACUAUCAAGGGUGUUGGUCGUCGUUACUCCAACUUGGUCUGUAAGAAGGCUGAUGUUGAUUUACACAAGAGAGCUGGUGAAUUGACCCAAGAAGAAUUGGAAAGAAUUGUUCAAAUUAUGCAAAACCCAACUCACUACAAAAUCCCAGCUUGGUUCUUGAACCGUCAAAAUGACAUCACUGAUGGUAAGGACUACCACACUUUGGCUAACAACGUCGAAUCCAAAUUGAGAGAUGACUUGGAAAGAUUAAAGAAAAUCAGAGCUCAUCGUGGUAUCAGACACUUCUGGGGUUUGCGUGUUAGAGGUCAACACACCAAGACCACUGGUAGAAGAAGAGCUUAA